CCGGCCGUAGGCUGUAACGGGUCUAACGCGACAACGCGGCGGGGAUAAGAGUCCCUCGCUCCGCUCGCGCGCUCCAGCGCUCCAAUCAAACGCUAGGGGCGGCGAUAAGAGUAGGACAGGCGAUGACUGGCUUUAAGUGCGAGGGGGAUGGGUGUGAAGGCGGGCGCGCUGUCACCACGCCGUCGUCAUCAGUCAGUGACAGUUGUGUGGCGCGCGGCGUAGCCUGCGAGUGACGGUGAACGAAUGGUUAAGUGUUGUCGCGAGUGAGUGAGUGUCGCCUUCGACAUGUCGUCGCCGCGGCGGGCCGUCUACAGCAUCGACCACAUCCUGGGCCGGCGGCCGCGCGAGCACGUGGAGCUAAAGAGCGAGAGUCGAGCGCACACGCCGUCCGACUCGGAACUGGAGCUCGAGCACGAGCACGAGCACGAGCACGAGCACGAGCACGAGCACGAGCACGAGCACGAGCACGAGCACGAGCACGAGCACGAGCACGAGCACGAGCGCGAUCACGAGCAAGAGCAGGAGCAUGAACGGGAGCAAGACUCGGCUCGGGAGCCACUGGAGUUGGACUCAUUAGAUACCGGACGACCAAGAAAGCAGGUGCGCCGCAGCCGGACCACGUUCACCACCUACCAGCUGCACGAGCUGGAGCGCGCCUUCGACGCCACACAGUACCCCGACGUGUUCACGAGAGAGGAGCUGGCUCUCAGGCUAGAGCUCAGCGAAGCGCGUGUUCAGGUGUGGUUCCAGAACCGGCGAGCGAAGUGGCGUAAGCGGGAGAAGGCGCUGGGUCGCGAGCACGCUCCCUUCCUCCACCACGACCACGUGGUGAGCGAGUGGAACGGCGCGGGCGCCGGUGGCGAGUGGUGGGCACUGGGACUCGGCGCGCUCGGCGUGGCCCCACCUUUAUGGCCCGCUGAACCUACUGCCUUCCGAGCCUUACUACACAGGUACGUGCUAUCGCUCCCGCCGGCGCUGGGUCCGCUGGCGCCGCCGCCGCGCUCCCCGUCGCCCGGCGCCCGCGCGCCCGCGCCCGCGCCCGCCGACCUGCGCCUGCGCCUCGAGCUGCCCGACCGCGCGCUCGCGCUGCACGCCGGCAGCAAGAUGCACACGUAG